CCGGAGUUUUGUGGGAAGCCGGAAGAAUGGCCGAUAUUUUUUACCGCCUUCACCCAGUCAACUGCAGUUUAUGGCUACAGUUAUUUUGAAAAUAACCUACGAUUACAGAAAUGCUUGAAAGGUGAGGCGCGAGAAACGGUUAAAUCGCUACUCAUCCACCCAAAUAACGCGAACAUUAUCAUCGAGCAGCUUAAGUUCCGAUUUGGUCGUCCGGAGCAAUUAAUUCGCAGCCAACUAGCCCAGGUGCGAGAAAUCGCGCCGAUAUCUGAAAGUUCAAUGACAAAGUUGAUACCAUUUGCCGCGAAAGUUAACAACGUUUGUGCAUUUCUACAUUCCGCUUACGGAGGAGACCAGCAUAUCGCGAACCCAACGCUGCUCGAUGAACUCGUAGCGAAACUACCCAUGAGUAAGCGUAUUGAAUGGGCAGUUUUCGCAGCAUCCUUGCAUCCGUAUGCGACAGUCACACAUUUCAGUGAGUGGCUUACUAAAUUAGCUAAUGUUAUUUGCACGGUCAACGAUGGGGAGGCAACGCGAGACUCCAAACGCCGAGUUGUGUUGCACGCCGCCGAAUCACAACGCCAACCAAGGUGCCCAAUAUGCCAAGGCCAACAUAAGUUAGCCGAGUGUAAGCAGUUCAGCGAACUUUCAGUGUCAAAGAGGUGGGCGGAAGUAAAACGACGUCAUCUUUGUUUUGCGUGUCCCAAUGUUGGACAUGGAACGCGCAAUUGCCAACAGCGCAAACCGUGUGCCACAGACGGGUGUAAAAGGAUGCACCACAAAUUGCUGCACGAAGCAGAAAAUAGUGGCGUAAAUUCCCCAAUUCAGUCAACGCUUCCUCAGGAACGUGUCAGCCAACAGCAAAAUGAUACAGGAGCAGCUGUUCUUAGUUGCAGCAAUGGCACUGCUGUUAAUAAGCUCCUAUUUCGGAUUAUGCCCGUCGUGCUUUACGCGAACCAGAAUUGCGUCGAAACGUAUGCGCUCUUUGACGAAGGCUCGUCAAUAACAAUGGUUGACAGCGCUCUUAUUGACGAACUUGGGCUACACGGUCGAAAUCAGCGCCUGAAUUUACAAUGGUUCGGAGGACGUGCAGCUCAGGAGACAGCCGUCGUAGUGGAUUUGCUCAUAAGUGGUGCCGGCAUGCAAAAGAGGCACAAAUUACGAAACGUAUAUGGUGUAUCAAACUUACAAUUGCCUUCUCAAAGCCUGAACGUUACUGACAUGAGUUGCCGCGCCACAUACCUAGAAAAACUGUCAGUACAACCAUAUGCGCAUGUAAAGCCAAAACUUUUAAUUGGGAUCGACCACUGCCACCUUGGUCUGCCAUCGGCCACUGUGAAGAUGAAUAAGAAUGGCCCGUUUGCUGCUAAUACGGAGUUAGGAUGGGUGGUAUUUGGCCCAACAACCAACACACAUGAGUCCGUACCAUCCUGCUUAUUCACCAGUUGCCACACUGAUCUGUCAUUACAUAACGCGGUGGCUGAUUACUUCGAAACAGAGAACUUUGGAGUCAGGGCUGCCCCUCCAAUCGAGAGCGACGCUGAUGUUCGUGCACGAGAAAUCCUGAGGUCUACGACAUGUCGGGUUGAAGGAAGGUUCCAAACAGGACUACUAUGGAAACGUGCCAAUGUAGAGCUACCUAACAGCUACGCUAUGGCGCUGAAAAGGUUAAGAAGCAUCGAAGCAAAAAUGAAGCGCGACGCAGACUUCGCCACUGAGUACAAACGAAUUAUGAAUUCGUACACCGAAAAGGGAUACGCAAGAAAAUUGUUACCAGAAGAGGCCGCUUUGUUCUGCGCCAGGACAUGGUACUUGCCACACUUUGCCGUCACAAACCCUAACAAGCCAGGCAAACUACGUAUGGUGUUCGACGCUGCUGCUGAGGUGGACGGUGUGUCCCUCAACUCGCAGCUGCUGAAGGGUCCACAAGAGUAUCGGCCCUUGCCUGCCAUACUAUUCCAUUUUCGUGAAGGUGCAAUCGGCGUGUGUGGGGACAUCAACGAUAUGUUCCACCAGGUUUUGAUUCAGUGUGACGACAGGUGUGCUCAGCGCUUCCUUUGGCGUGAUGGUGACUCGUCAAGACAACCUGAUGUUUAUGAAAUGCGAGUGAUGACCUUUGGGGCCGCGUGUUCGCCUUGCGCCGCCCAUUACGUUAAAACGGUCAACGCAUUGGAGCAUCGCAAUGAAGUAAGUGGUGCAGACCGAGCUGUAAAGUCCAUAUUGGAUUACCACUAUAUUGAUGACUAUGUCGACAGCUUUGGCACGGAAGAAGAAGCACUUGACGUAUCUCAACAGGUGCGAACAAUUCACAUGAAGGCUGGUUUUGAACUUCGCAAUUUUACGUCCAACUCAUCGAAUGUGGUAGUCGCGCUUGGUGAUUUUCCACAUGAAGAUGAGCCAAGCUUCCAUCAGCUCACACCAGAUCAGAAGGUAGCAUUGCAAGAAGUUGUUCAGGAGUUUCCCUCGUUCGAAAGGCUAGGACUAGGUCAAACCAGUUUAGUGACGCACCGUAUAGACACGGGUGAUGCGGUGCCAAUUAAAACGGCUACUAUAGCGCUGCGCAACACCGGCAAUAACAACGCCCGCCACAUCAGCGGGGACAACAGCGCGCAACACCAACAGCAAAGCGCGCAACACAAACAACAGCAGCGCGCAAUACCAACAACAACAACGCGCAACACCAACAGCAAAGCGCGCAACACCAACAGCAGCGCGCAACACCAACAGCGCGCAACACCAACAGCGCGCAACACCAACAACAACAGCGCGCAACAGCAACAACCGCGCGCGCAACACCAGCAACAACCGCGUGCGCAACACCAACAACAACAACAACCCUCGCGGCUACCAUAG